CUGCCGCUCUCGCCGUCCCUUUCCCAGCAUCCCUAUGGUCUCGCCUCCUUCGGGCGCGCGUCUCCCGGGCCCGGGAUUUUUGCGGGGCUUGGUGGGUGUCGCGCGCGGCCAGGGCUGGCGACCAUGGAAAGAGGCGGCGAAGCCCCGAGCCCGGCGCCGGACAUGUUCUCGCUGGCUGGGCUUGGAGCUGCCUUGAGGGCCGUUCCGGAACCUCACGACGCCGCUUCCCUGGGCUAUUUGCAGCUCCCCUGGCAGAGGGAGCGCCGCCUGUGCAAGAUGCCCAUCCACCGCCGCCGCAGGGCCGCCCGGCUGCACCGCAAGGUGGGGCCCAUGGGCAAGGAGAUCCACGCUUUGAAACGGUUAAGAGAAGCAGCCAAUUCCAAUGAUUUAGAAACAGUGCAGCAACUUCUGGAAGAUGGAACUGACCCCUGUUCUGCUGAUGACAAAGGUCGAACAGCAUUGCAUUUUGCUUCCUGCAAUGGCAAUGACCAUAUUGUGCAGUUGCUUUUGGACCAUGGAGCUGACCCAAACCAGCGAGAUGGUCUAGGAAACACACCCCUGCACUUGGCUGCCUGCACAAAUCAUGUUCCUGUCAUCACCACACUGCUCCGUGGAGGUGCUCGAGUAGAUGCCUUGGAUAGAGCUGGAAGGACCCCGCUGCACCUGGCCAAGUCUAAGCUAAACAUCUUGCAGGAAGGCCUUUCACAGAGCCUCGAAGCAGUUCACCUUGAAGUAAAGCAGAUAAUCCAGAUGUUGAGAGAAUACCUCGAACGUCUCGGUCGUCAUGAGCAGCGGGAACAAUUGGAUGACCUUUGUACCAGGCUACAGAUGACUAGCACAAAAGAACAGGUGGAUGAGGUUACUGACCUUCUGGCCAGCUUUACCUCCCUCAGUUUGCAGAAGCAGAAGAUAGAGAAGAGGUAACGGACUUUCUUGCCACUCUCUUGACUGAAAGGAGAUGCUGGAACUCAGCUGUCAGGAUACAGCCCUGCUGCCAACACCAAGCAUGUUUUUCCUCUUGGCUCUGUGCAGAGCCUGUACUGGAUGGCAAGCUGCUGUCAUUGCCUUGGAAAUCUUCUUCUGGGACAAGAGGUCCUGCCCUUGAGAAGAAGAGGCUAAACUUUUCACUUUCCUGCUUUCACAAGUGGGGUCAUCUUGGGUAGGGGGCAAAAUUUUUUUUUGGUAUGAUGCCCUUUCAGAGGCAUCUUUUAAGGUCCUGCAAGUGGUAGAUCCAUUGAACUUCAAGCACAUCUGGGAAACAGCUGUCCAGUAUGCCAUCACACUCAAGUCUGUCUCAAAUUUAGUGUUCUUGGUAUUUAAGCACAUGGAUUAUUGAACAUUUGUACAAAUGGUGGGAGGUGCUUGUAUCUCUGAUGAACAAUCUUUCUUAUGGGGGUUACAAUUUGAACUGUGGGCUGAGGGGUUAGCUUUGCUCCUUACUGAGUUACAAAAGGCUGUUUAACACACUCCAUCCUCUCACAAGGGUCUCAGCUGCUCACUCCCAUUUUCCUGUAUUUUAGGACAUGCACAUGAAUCAGUAGCUGAGGAUUUUUGCUAAAUAUUUUCAUGCUGUUCAUUUCAGGGGCUAGCAGCAUGGGGUUGAAAAAAGAAGAGAAGAGUUUGGAUUUAUAUCCCCCUUUCUCUCCUGUAGGAUACUCAAAGGGAAUUACAAUAUUCUUUCCCUUCCUCCCUUACAACACAUACCCUGUGAGGUGAGUGGGGC